CAUAUUCAUUCGUUCUCGAACUUUUAAAACUACACCAUUAAUUUAAUAAAGUAUUUUUUAUAACGAUUAGCAAUCGAAUUUCAUUUAAAUAAAAAUUUAAUUUUUUAACCAGCGAUACAAAACAUUGGUCCUUCGACGCCUUUAAAAAGAAAUAGAAGUGUGUGAAUUUUGCGAUUUGCUAUUUUUAAAGUGCAAAAUUAUUUGUAUAUACAUAGAUAUACAUAUAUAUAUAUAUAUAUAAAGUGAACAUAUUCAAUGUACUAUUUUAAACUUUAAAACUAUAUAUAUCUUUAUUUAAAAAAAAAAAAAAAACUAUUUAACAAACAUUUAUUUAAAGAAAAAACUAUUUAACAAACAUUUUGUGCUGUGCAAAUCGGGAUUCCCGCGACGCGUUAAGCAACAAAAAAACAUCACCAGUUUACUGAAGGCAUACCACGUAAGUCCUUAUUUUUUAAAGUAUUUUUUGCUGUUUUUUUAUUACAUUUAAUAAAAAUUGUCAACCAUGUCAUUUGGGGAGCUUCAAAAGGAAGUUUUAUCGCAGUUAGAGCGCGAUUUUUCUAAUUUUAAAAAGACAGGUCAGGUUCGUCGUACUGUCAACUAUAUAAAAACUCGGUUGGGGCUUUUGGAAGCUAAUUUAGAAAAUGCCAAACGAUACCACGAAGAAAUCGUUAGCGGGGGGAAGCUUGAAGAGACAUUAAAAAGGGAUGAAAUGGUCGCUGUGUAUGAUCAAAUUCGUGAUACUUAUUUAGAAUAUAAAAGUGAAUUGAUGGAUGCUCUGGACAAAGUAGCUCCACCUCCACUUGCUACAGCUUUGCCUUCGUCACCGUUAGGGCCAAUUCAUGCGGCAAUGAUGCCGCCAACAACACCGGCGACACAUAAUAAUGUUCUCAAGUUACCUUCUAUAAAGCCUCCAACAUUUUCUGGUUCGUACACAACAUGGCGUUCCUACCACGACAUUUUUAAGUCACUUGUGCAUAAUAAUGCUACCCUGAACGAGAUUCAAAAAAUGCAUUUUCUGAAAGAGAGUUUGACUGGUGAUGCCGAACGGCUUUUGCAUCAUUUAGAUCUAAGUUCUGGGAACUAUGCAAAGGCAUGGGAUUUAUUGAUCGAAAGGUAUGAUCACAAAAGAGUUUUGGUCAAUUCCUACCUUAAGGUUCUUUUCGGUCAACCUGUACAUAGUAAAGAAUCUGCGGAAACUCUAAAAAAUUUGUUAGACACCACGAUCGAGGUGGUUCACGCGCUGGAUAAUUUAGGAUUACCAGUAAAAGACUGGGAUACAAUUUUAAUUUACAUUCUUUUUCAAAAAUUAUCCUCCAAAACUCAACAACUUUGGGAAGAAAAGCUCGGGAACGACAAAGAACUUCCAACCUUUUCCGAUUUCACCGAUUUCCUUAAAUCCCGUUUCAGAACUCUAGAGGCCCUUGUACAGCAAGGAACUUCGGUCUUAGAAUCCAAGCCAAUAACAAAACCCCAAGUUGCAGCAAAAGCAUUCCAUGCAAAAAUGCAACCAAAACAGCAAUACAACACGCAACGUUACACAUGUCAAAUUUGUAAACAAGGACAACACUCCUUGAUGAAAUGUCGAAGUUUUUUGGGUAUGGACUCUGCCCAAAAAAUGCAAGCUGUACGACAGGUUCGAGUUUGUGAGAACUGUCUUGCAUAUAGUCACACAACACGAGAUUGCCUUAGUAACCGGAGCUGUUACUUUUGUAAUCAAAGGCAUCACUCACUUUUGCACGUUAAUUCACACACACAACACAAUUCCAUUGCUAAUCCAAAUACUUCAACAACACAAUCACAACAACAGGUUGCCCAGCCUAAGGAUCAACAGGUAGCUUAUAACCCAAACGCUCCUGCGUUCCAACCAAUGGGUGAUAAUGCACCAGGUCGCAGUACACGACACAAUUAUCAUGCUUCACGACUCCAUGGUACGCAAAUUUUAUUAGCCACUGCUGUAGUUAGGGUUAAAUCUGGAGAUGGGAGAUUCGCAGACCUACGAGCCCUAAUUGACCCAGGCUCAGAUGCUACUUUUAUUUCUGAGUCUGCAGCAAGGCUUUUAAAUCUACCAAGGUAUCCAACAUCCGUAAAGGUAUCAGGGUUAGGGAAGGUCAGCAACGGCACCAGUCAAAACUACGUUGACAUAAUGUUUUCUUCAAAGCAUUCGACGUUUGAAGGCUCAACCAAGGCGUUCAUCUUUAAGUCGUUGACUGGCCUUCUUCCGGCCCACAAAAUGAUACACAACACAUGGGAACACCUAACUGAUUUACAGUUAGCAGACCCUAAUUUUCAUAUUCCAGCUCCAAUCGAUAUACUUUUUGGCUCAGAUGUUUAUCCCGAAAUCAUUUUGCCGGAUAUAAUCCGCAAUGAGCAAGAAAUUGCCCCUAUAGCUCAGAACACUCACUUAGGGUAUAUUAUAUUAGGCAAAAUUCCUGAGACAGCACCGAAAAGCAUAUGUAGCUUCUUUCAACACAUCGAUCUUGAUACGCAAAUCCGACAAUUUUGGGAGAUGGAACAAACUCCAUUCGUAACUCACCCGUCAGAAGAAGAUGCCGCCUGUGAUAAGUACUUUUCAAAAACAACAAAACGUCUCCCAAAUGGACGGUAUGAAGUUGGUCUUCCGUUCAAGGAAGGAUUCUAUCCCGAACUCGGACUCAGUAAGGAAAAUGCAGUCAGACGCUUCUCAUCUCUGGAAAGACGAUUGGACAAGGAUCCAAAGCUAAAAGCGAGUUACAGCCAAUGUAUAAUGGAAUAUCUUAGUUUAAAUCACAUGGAAGAGGUAAAUCUGGAUGAUCUAAUUUUAAAAUCACCUUUUCAUUACUUUUUACCCCAUCACGCUGUGUUCAAAGAAUCUAGUACAACCACAAAAUUAAGAGUCGUCUUUGACGCAGCUGCAAAAACUUAUGAUGGAACUUCUUUAAACCAACACCUGAUGAACGGGCCUAAAUUGCAAAAAAACAUUGUCGAUAUAAUAUUAAAAUGGCGGCUACAUCGAUUCACCAUAACAGCUGACAUCGAAAAAAUGUACCGCCAAAUUCUCGUAAAAGAUGCGGAUCAAUAUUACCAACUUAUCCUUUGGAGAGAUAAUCUUGAUCAACCCAUCAAAGUCUUCAAACUUAAGACUGUCACUUUUGGCACGGCUUGUGCGCCUUAUUUGGCCAUCCGUGUCUUACACCAAGUCGCUGAGGAUGAAGGUGAAAAUUAUCCCAAAGGAUCUGUAGCAGUAACGGAAGAGAUGUAUGUGGACGAUUUUAUCAGUGGAGGUGAUUCCAUCGACGAAACUCGCAUCAGGCGUGAAGAAACACGCGCUCUGCUGGCUUCAGCAGGAUUUAAACUGCGGAAAUGGACUUCCAACUGCAAAGAUCUUCUACAAGAUCUCCCCAAAGAAGAUUGCGAGGUCAGCUUUGAAUUGCCUUUUGGAUCAACCGAUCUUGUAAAAACAUUGGGCAUAAGCUGGCAUCCAGAGGAUGAUAUCUUUUCUUUUCAGAAUGUACAAAACGACACCGAAGAACUCACAAAAAGGACUAUGCUAUCAUCAAUUGCCAAGCUUUUCGAUCCACUUGGCUGGAUAGCACCAUGCGUGAUCAAAGCUAAGAUCAUGAUGCAGAAGUUAUGGUGCCGAGGAACUGACUGGGAUCAACCAAUUCCUUCAGACAUAAGAGAGGAAUGGCAAGCUUUCCGAAAAGAACUGCCUGAUAUUCUAAACAUAAAGAUCCCAAGGUGGAUCAAAACACAAAACACACAAAAAAAGGUGGAAUUUCAUGGCUUCAGCGAUGCGUCGGAGAAGGCAUAUGGAGCCGUAGUCUUCAUACGUGUGCUCGACAGCUGUGACAAUAUCCAUAUGCAUCUACUUCUAUCCAAAACAAAGGUAGCUCCAUUGAAAACUGUAAGCCUUCCACGGCUUGAACUCUGUGGAGCUGCAUUACUUGCGUCUCUUCUGAGCUACACUAAGGAUGUUUUCGAUUAUCCCGACACAAAAUUAUAUGCUUGGUCUGACUCAACGAUUACGUUGGCUUGGAUAAAAGCACAACCGUCAAAAUGGACGACAUUCGUAAGCAACCGAGUUGCUGAAAUUCAACGGCUGACAAGCUCUGAUAUAUGGAAACAUAUCCCAACAGAGCAUAACCCAGCUGAUCUAGCAUCCAGAGGCAUCUCACCCUCAACACUAGGAACACAAGAACUAUGGUGGAUCGGACCUUCAUUUUUGCGAGAAAAAUGGAAUUUUGAAGUUCCCGAACAACCAUUUUCACUCAACACCGAAAUAGAAAAACGAGCAGAGAAAAGGCAAUGUACCUUUGCAAAUAAUGACGCAGCAGACGAUCUUAUAAACAAAAGUAUAUUGCGAUGUUCACGAUUAUCCAAAACCAUAAGGGCAAUUGCCUUUUGUUGUCGGUUCAAAAGCAAUGGUCUUGCAAAAAGAAGGAAGACAACAAGAAUUUCUGGAGAACUCAGACCAGAGGAACUGCAAUAUGCAGCCUUAUUGGUACACAAAGCUGUACAAAGGCUCAUGUUCACCGAAGAACUAGAUGAAUACGAGAGUAAAGGUGCAACUCCAAAAUCACUGCUCUCACUCGACGCUUUCAUCGAUGGCAAUGGUAUCCUACGCGUUGGUGGUCGACUGCAAAACACGUUGCUGCCGUACAACCAGCAGCAUCCGAUCAUCUUGAAACCUAACUACCAUUUUUCGGAGCUUGUGAUGCGAGAUGCUCACAACAGAACCCUACACGGAGGAAACCAACAAACUACAGCAUACAUCCGUAUGUCUUAUUGGAUUAUGGGUAUGAAACCGUACGUCAGGAGAUACAUCCAUAAAUGCCCAAUAUGCUUUCGGUAUCAAAAAAUUAAUUUGCAGCAACUCAUGGGAAGCCUCCCAGCACCACGGGUAAGGAUCUCCAGACCAUUCACCCACACCGGAAUAGAUUAUGCCGGACCUAUAGAAAUAAAAGCAUGGAAAGGAAGAGGAGCUAAAAGCUUCAAAGGCUAUUUUGCCAUUUUUAUUUGUUUGGCUACAAAGGCUAUUCAUCUGGAAACAGUCUCAGAUAUGACAACACAAUCCUUUUUGGCAGCUUUUCGUCGCUUCACGGCCCGGCGAGGUCUUUGUGCUCAAAUAUAUAGCGACUGUGGCACAAAUUUUGUUGGAGCCAACAGAGAAUUAGCCAAGAUGCUAGAGCAAGCUAAACAUGAUUGGCAAGAAAUUGCUGGAAUUCUGUCCAAUUCAGGAACAAACUGGAACUUUAUUCCUCCCGCGUCUCCUCAUUUUGGUGGACUCUGGGAAGCAGGAGUGAAAUCCGUGAAACAUCACCUAAAACGCACGAUACGAGAUGAGAGGUUAACUUUCGAGGAGCUCUGCACACUUCUAACCCAAAUUGAAGCAUGUUUGAACUCCAGACCUCUAUGCCCUCUAUCAGAAAAUAUAGAUGACUUAGACGUCUUAACUCCAGGACAUUUCUUGAUUGGAGAAACUUUGCUGUCAAUACCCCAAGGAAGCAUAUCAACUCCAAAGCAUGUGAGUUACCUGGACAGAUGGACCAGGAUUCAAAUGUUCGUCGACUCCUUUUGGCGAAAAUGGAAUGGAGAGUAUCUUUCGCGAUUACAACAAAGACCUAAAUGGACCAGGAAAGAAACUCAACCCAAAAUAGGAGGCUUGGUUUUAGUAAAAGACGAGAGACUUCCACCAUCCCAAUGGUUACUAGCCAGGAUAACAGAAACACAUCCUGGAACCGAUGGACUUAUCCGAGUUGUAACGCUCAAAACAAAAACCGGAACAAUGAAACGUCCCAUCACAAAAAUUUGUUAUCUGCCAAGCAAUGAAUCCACCGAUGAAAAUACAAUAAUUUAA